AUGGCCAGAGCCGUUGCCGCUGCUGCUGCCUCUGACAGCAAUGGCCCCAACUCUCCUGGCGGUGGUCUCACCGGUCGAAAAGGUUCCAUCUCCACUACCCGUAGCAGCCAUCGUUACUCACAACUCUACUCGAUGGCUGCUGAACAAGAUGUCGAAGUUGAGGAUGAUCUUGCAAAAGCCCAGAAGCGACUUCGGGAACUAAAGACAAAAAUCUCGACUCAGUCCAAAAAGAACUUUGUGCUCGAGCGAGAUGUCCGUUAUCUUGACUCUCGUAUCGCGCUCUUGAUUCAGAAUAGGAUGGCUAUCGCAGAGCAACGUGAAGUAGCAGAACAUCUUGAAGAAGCAGAUUCAUCAGAUGGCCUCUUCCCAGACGACCGCAAGCUUCAAUCAUACGGCAACCUCUUCUUCUUGCUCCAAACGGAACCACGACACAUUGCAACUCUCUGUCGCCUGGUCUCCUUGACUGAGAUUGAUACACUACUGCAGACAGUCAUGUUUACCCUCUAUGGAAAUCAAUAUGAAUCGCGUGAAGAGCAUUUACUCUUGACAAUGUUCCAGUCGGUGUUGUCCGCUCAAUUUGAGACUGCUACUGAGUUUGGAUCGCUCCUCCGUGCCAACACACCUGUAUCACGCAUGAUGACAACCUACACCCGGCGUGGACCUGGUCAGAGCUACUUGAAGACAGUCCUUUCAGAAAAGAUCAACAACCUGAUCGAGCACAAGGAGCUUAACCUGGAAGUGAACCCACUCAAAGUCUAUGAGCAGAUGAUCACACAGAUCGAAGAAAACGCCGGAGAGUUGCCGCCACAUCUGCCCCGUGGAGUGCCUCCAGAGGUCGCAGCAGCUAAUGCAGAUGUCCAGGCCAUCAUUGCACCCCGUCUGAGCAUGUUGAUGGAGAUUGCAAACUCUUUUCUCGACACCAUCCUUGAAUCAAUCGAACAGGUGCCCUACGGAAUCCGUUGGAUCUGUAAACAAAUCCGUAGCUUGACCAAGCGUAAAUAUCCAGACGCCACCGACUUUUCAAUUUGUUCUCUGAUUGGAGGUUUCUUCUUUUUGCGCUUCAUCAAUCCGGCUAUUGUCACACCGCAGGCCUACAUGCUCGUCGAUGGAUUGCCUAGCAAGCACCCGAGAAGAACCCUCACUCUGAUUGCCAAAAUGCUGCAAAACUUGGCUAACAAGCCAUCUUACGCAAAGGAAACCUAUAUGAUGACACUAAACCCAUUUGUGGAAAACAACAAGGCGAGAAUAAACAAGUUCUUGAAUGACCUGUGCGAAGUCGGCGAUUUUUACGAAAGUUUGGAGAUGGACCAAUAUAUGGCGUUGUCAAAGAGGGAGAUUAAUCUGCAUAUUACCCUUAACGAGUUGUUCAACACCCACCAUCUCUUGGCUCAACACCGUGAUGCUUUGGCACCUCAGGAAAAGCACCACUUGAGAGUUUGCUUGAACGAGCUGGGUGUUGCACCCCCUCAAGUACCCCGCAAAGAAAACAAGACGAUUGUACUGCCUCUCUUUAGUCGCUGGGAAACACCUAUUCAGGACUUGCAUUCAACUUUUUUACAGGAAACCAACAUUACUCAAGCCGAUAUCAUGUACAUGGAAACAAAAUCAAUUCUCGUGCAACUGAUCCGUUCAAUCCCCGGCAUCGCUGACAAGAGACCAUUAGAUCUUAUGAAGAUUGCAGAGAUGGCUGCAACUACAAAGGACGCUAUUCUUGUACGUAAGGGCAUCAAGGUCAAGGAAAUGCUGAUUGAACUCGAGACAUUAAAUGUGGUGGAUGACCACUUCACUUUUAUGACGGAAGAGGUCACUGAGGAAUUGAGGCAUUUGGGAAAUCUGCGAGAGAAGGUCAAUGAGGAGGCAGCAAGUUUGGAGAGCGUAUACAAGACUAUUGGCGAUCACAACAAUUAUCUUCGGAGCCAACUGGAUUCCUACAAGGCAUAUCUGCAAAAUGUGCGUAUGCAGAAUGGUGGUGGUGGCCAGGGUUCCGGUGUCGGUGUAGUCACGGUCGGUGGUAAAGAGGCCAAGAAGGGUAAACAACAAGUCCUUGGACCAUUCAAGUUUACGCACCAUCAGUUGGAGAAGGAUGGUGUGAUUGCAGAGAGCAACGUACCAGAAAAUAGACGGAGUAAUAUCUUUUUCAACAUCACCUCACCUAUUCCUGGUACGUUCAUCAUUGCUCUCCAUUAUAAGGGUCGAGAUAAAGCUAUACUCGAGAUGGACUUGAAGCUGGACGAUUUAUUAGAGAAGCAACAAGACCAAGUCCAACUGCUCGAUCUUGAAUAUGUUCAUUUCAACGUUAACAAGAUCCUCGCAUUGCUGACAAAGACAUUUAUCAAACGCUAA